AUGGCGUCUUCCACCGGUCUCACCGUCGCCGGAGCUCUACUUGCCGGAGAUUUCCGAUUACCAACCUUAUCAUCUCAAAUACCCAGAAAGAGUUCUUCUUCAUUGUCAUUCCUCAGCAACGGAGAUUUAUCGCCACAGUUGAAUUGCUAUUGGCGACUAUCCAGAGCCAAACUUGUGUCAUCUCUCAGUAACUCACAGAGGUUCGCUGUGGGAAAGGAAGCUGAAGAUGCGUUUCUCUCGAAUGUAGGUGAAGAUAGUGAUGAAAUGUUUGACGAAUUGUUCAACAAAUAUGGGAAGGUUGUUUACAAGAGUGACGAUCAAAAGUCUGUAACAGCUGAAGUAGAUGAUGAUGCAGAGAGUUUAACAUUUGCUGUUGAAAUGGCCAAAGUUGCGAGUGAGGUGAAAGCUGGAGACAUUAAGGUCCUCUUUGUGAAGCCUCUCGUCUACUGGACUCGGUUUUUCAUAAUAGCUACUGCAUUUUCCCGUCCUCAAAUCGAUGCAAUCGGAUCGAGGAUGAGAGACCUGGCUGAGAAGAAGUUUGGGAAAGUUGCUAAUGGAGAUGUAAAACCAAAUGCAUGGACAUUGUUGGAUUUUGGUGAUGUGGUGAUCCAUAUUUUCUUACCUCCGCAAAGAACCUUUUAUAACUUGGAAGAUUUCUACGGGAAUGCGAUGUCAAUUCCCUUUGAAGAUCAGCCUCCACCACGAAACUGA